AUAAUGUGUCUAAUUCACAAAAAUAAUAGUAUAUAAUUUCUUAUUUUUGUCAAGAAUUUUUUUUUAAUUAAAAUCAGUGCACAGCCGAACAUUUUACUUUGAUACAUGGACAUAUAAUUUACAUUCACAGCAAAAGAAAAUGGAUUAUACUAAUGCAAAAUGUAUGUAGGUUGUGAAACAUCGCUUUGUACUGCCCAAUCAGCUUUCCAUUUGAAAAUGGUCGACCCAAUAUAUCUAACAAAAGAAAUUGAUAAAAAAAUUUAUCAAUAUUAUAAUUUUAAAUAUAUAUAUAUAUAUGAUUGAAUAUAAAUAAUAUUUUUAUCUAAAUUUUUAUAAAUAAUAAAAUUUAAAAAUUAACAAAAAAAUAUUUUUAAAUAUCAUUUAAAUUUUUUAAGCUGUUAUCUCUGCAGAUGUGCAAAAACACUUACUAAUGUUGAAACCAUAUCUACCGUUAACUCUACUAUGUACAUGUUACCAAUCAAAGCCAAUAAAAUCUAAGUUAGUUGCAGCGGUUAUUUAGUUAAUAAAAAAAUUAUUACAAUAAAAGCGCAUACUUGUCACCAGUUAAAACUAAUAAAAUCUAAGUUAGAUUGCGGCGAUUACUUAGUUAAUAAAAAAAUUAUUACAACAAAAAACGUCAACUCUACUACGUGUGACCAAGUAAAACCAAUAAAAUCUAAGUUAAAUUGAUCAGUUAGUUAAUCAGAAAAUUAUCAUAACAAAAACAUCCAACUCUACUACGUGUCACCAGUUAAAACCAAUAAAAUCUAAGUUAAAUUGCAGCGAUCACUUAGUUGAUAAGAAGAUUAUUAUAACAAAAAUGUCAACUCUACUACGUGUCACCAAUUAAAACCAAUAAAAUCUAAGAUAAGUUCUGGCGAUUACUUAGUUAAUAAGAAAUUUAUUACCACAAAAUUGUCACCAAUGAUAACCAAUAAAAGCUAAGUCAAAUUGCUGCACUGCACUACACAGGAGAGAGAGGUUGACUGCGACAGACAAUGGCCGUUCCAAGGGAAGUCAAUGUGAUGGAACAAAACAAUGUUGACUGUGAUAUUGCUGCUGAAUACGAGUUUUACUCGCAUCUCGGUGCCUUAGCCGCCGCAGCUGAGUUCGGUGACGUCGUCGCCUUGGGCACAGCCAUUGACACUAUGCAUGGGCUUACUGACGAGCCACUUAAGAAUAGUGACACGGCACUUCACCUGGCGUGUCUAUAUGGUAACCUCCCUUGUGUUGAGCUUCUCCUGGAAAGAGGAGCUGAUAUGGAGGUUACAGAUUUAUAUAGAGCAACUCCUCUACAUAAUGCUUGUGAUGGGGGAUACUUAGACAUAGUAGAGUUUCUUUUAAGCCGAGCUAGUUGUCCUGAAUGUGCAAAGAGAAUGAUUGAAACAAUCGACCUACAAGGUGACACUCCUCUGCAUAAUGCAGCGAGAUAUGAGUAUGUCGAUGUGAUUAGGCUUUUGCUAAGUUCAGGGGCUUCACCAACGACUAAAAACUCCAGCGGGCAGGUAAUAUUUGAAAAUAUUUUUUCUUCACUUUUAGACUUCCAAUUAUUUUGAUUAGUGAUUAUAGCAAGGUUGUGACUAUGCAGACACCAGGUGAUUUAGCUGGUAUAAACAGUGAGGCUAGGAGGAUCCUCGAAGUUGCGGUUGGUAACUCAUCAAUCUCCUAGUGAUCUGCAAUCUGCAAAAUUCUUAGGCCUGUGAAGUUGGGCCUUAUCUUCUUCUUUUUUUUAUCUUAUUAUUGACUAUUUCUAUACAAAGGAUUAUACUCUUUUUUUUUUUUUAAUUUGAAACUACAAAGGAUUAUAAUCUUUAUACCAAUGAAUUAUGAACAUCAUGUCGGUUUCAGUUUAUGAAGAUUGUUAUCAGAUUAAUAGAUUUGAAUGUGUUCUCUCGUUAGCCUUUAUAUAAUAAAGGUGAACAGGACCUUUCUGAUCGAGUUGCAAGACUCUGCUGCAUGCAUAUAGAGCAAAGCAAUGGUUAAAAGCCAAAAACUAAGCAAGACAAAGUAGUAACUAG